AUGGAGAUGAACGCUAUCAACGAUUGCGUUAAGAAUUACUUGUCCCACUGCGGUGGUGGCAUCAAAGGCUAUGGUGGGUGGACGAUUAGCACUGGGUCUGAAACGGUGGCCGGUCGUGGCGUCGUGGCCACCCGGGACUACAGCGUGGGUGAUGUGAUAUUCGUGGACGUCCCACUGAUCGUUUCGCCGAGAGCUCUGGGCACAGACGGCACCGGAAGCUGGCCGGUGUGUGCAGUGUGCUACUCUGAAAUGACGACUCCAACCGGAUGUCCGGGUGGUUGUCGGUUGCCAGUGUGUGGACGCCAGUGUGCCGACCGUCCCGAACACCGGGACGAGUGUCGGUACGUCCGGCAGUUACGCCCGAAAACCAAGAGCGAUGGCCAGACGUGGUCGGUGGGAAUUUACAAUGCGAUCACGGCCGUCCGGGGCCUGUCAAUCAAGGAUGGCAAGUACAGGUUCUUCCUCGACGUGUUGCAAAAGAAAUCGACGGACAAACUCACGUUUGAGGUAGAAGAACUGAAAAGAAACAUAAGUAUGGAAUUAGACAAGGAAGAUGAACAAAUAAUGGUAACUACUUGUAAAAUAAUGGAUGCUAAUUGUUUUGAAACAAUAGUAAAUCGUUCCAAUAAAUUAAUAAGUUUGAAAGGUCUGUACCCAGUAGCAGCAUUUAUGAACCAUUGUUGUGUUCCAAACACAAUGCACAACUUUAAUGAAAAACUUCAAAUGAUCGCAAAAGCUUCUUUACCGAUAUAUAAAGGACAGGAAAUUACUACUAGUUACACAUAUUCAAUUUGGCCUACUUCACUACGACAGAAUCACUUGUUGACGUCAAAACAAUUUAUUUGCACCUGUAUUAGAUGUUGUGACACAGAAGAAUUUGGAACUAAGUUAGCAGCACUGAAUUGCAUAGUUAAAAAUUGCGAAGGUCGAAUUUUACCUAUCAAUCCAUUAGAUAAGAAGUCAAUUUGGCAAUGCAAAAUGUGCACAAAAUUAGUAUCGAGUACAGAAAUGUUAUGUUUCUAUAAAGAUGUCGAGACUUUAAUGAAAAGCAUAAGUGUAUUCUGUCCAAAAAGCUUUGAAGCAAUUUUAAAGUCAUUUAAUAUUCAUAAAGACAGCCCAUUUGUAAUUGAUUUAAGAUUGAAAUUUAUUUGGAAGUCGAAAAACAACAGUUUGAAUCUUGAGCAAUUGCUUUAUAAAGAAAAAUUGUGUAUGGAAAUGUUGGAUUUAGUACGAAAACUAAGAUUAGGUCAAUGUCGAUUAUUAGGUUUAAUAUCUCUAGAACUUCUGAAGGUGAUCAGAGAAAAAGCUUAUCGUUUUCGGCGGAAUUGGAACACGAAAACAUUGAAUGUCUUCGAAGGACAAAUAAGUAAACUGAAAGAAAUAUAUACUAGUGUUUUGGACGAAGAUGCAAACUUGGACAACAAUAAUAUUCAAUAA